AUGUACAACCAGAGUGAUGGUGUCAACUGGAACAGUUCAGAACCCGUCAAGUGUCAGCAUGGCUGGGAUUACGAAGACACGUGGUUCUCUCUGACUGUCCCUUCUCAGAUGAACAGGGUCUGCGAGAACCAGAAGUACGCCAACGACGUCUUGUUCUACGCACAAAACAUUGGAGUGGCUCUGAGCCUGCUAUUCGGAUACAUAGGCGUUAUGUGGUUCCCGGAGUCACCGCGGUGGCUGACGUGUAGAGGUCGCGAGGAGGACGCCCUGAGGCAGUUGCGCCGCAUCGCCACCACCAACGGUGGACAGCUGCCUCCGUUCGGUCCACGGGUGAUGCGGACCGUGGCCAAGGCCCAGAAAGAUAGGAAGGGCUUCCUCAGCCUCUUCUCCAGCUGGAACGUCUUCAAGAAUACGAUGCUGCUCAUCACUGCAAGAUCUGCGCACGUACUGACGCGGUUCUCGCUGGUGUUGCUGGCUGGUGGUGUGGGCAUUAAUCCCUUCCUGACGGUGGUGGCGCAGGGCGCGGUCCAGCUGCCCUCUGUGUGCGCCGUCCACGUGUGUGCGGCGCGCUUCGGCCGCCGCUGGACCGCUGUGGGCUGCGCUCUGCUGGCAGGGGUCACCUGCGCAGCCACCUUCUGUGUGCUGAGGGCUGGCAUCAUUGGACUGGCCAUCACGGUGAUGGUGGUAGUAACGCAGUUCUUCACGACGGGCACAAUCGCCAUGGCCAACCUACAGAGUGUUGAGGUGCACCCCACGUGUCUGCGACAGAUCGCUGCCUGUGUCGAGUGGACCGCAGCUGGGGUCGUCAUGUCUGGUUUGCCAUACGUGGCCCUCAUGAGUGACAGACGGACGCCCUACGCCAUUCUCGCAGCUCUGAACUUGGGGACAGCGUUUGCAAUAUCGUUCCUUCCAGAAUCGGCGUUGCAGAGGUUACCAGAGUCAUUACAGGAUGCUGCCGUCUUCGGCAAAGAACAGAAGUACUGGAGCUGGAAGCCAAAACCAGCUCCACAGUAUGCCAUGGCAUAA